UCUCUUACUUUUGUUCUAAACACAACUGCAUGUUACACUUCUAACUUUUCUGUCAACAUUAAUCUGUAAACAUUAUUACAAUAUAUGAAAUAACUAUUAUUUCAUUAUAAAUAUCACAGAUAAAUAAAAACAUAAUCUAUACUUUACACUUAAUUCUGUUUUAUACGGCGGAGAAUAUACAGAAGAUACAGAAGUCUGUCUAAUCACUACAGCUUUAAACAGAAAACUAGUACGAUGGUCUCUGAGUUCUUCAACAUUACACACAUUAGUGAUGUUCGAUUAUAUGCGAUUAAUCGAUAAGCAUUCGAUUAUUUAACAAAAUAUUCGAUUUUUUUUUCGAUUAUUUUGAAAUUCGAUUAUUACAGCUUCGAUUAUUUUUUGGCCAAUAAUCGAAUCGAUCUGCGCUUUGUGCAAUUUGUAUUUUGCGCAUGCGUGGAUAUUAUUCUCUCUAUUUACAUACGUUCGAAUAGAAAAGAAAUUUGUGACGGUUGAAUUGGAAUGUGAGGUGAGAGUGAGACGUGAGCUGAGGUAAUUGCAAUAGGUAGAAUCAUCAAUCAAGAAUGGAUAACAAUAAUCAUGAUGUUUUCAACCCAUUCGUCGAAGACAGACAAAAUCAAGAAGAAGCUAGAAAGAUGUCUGUAUGGUUUCAAAUAAAUAAUUAUCUUGAAGUUAAAGUUGAUGAUAUAUCCACUGGUCACUAUGCCAGGAUAAAAAAGUUCAAUAAAGUAGCUUUAGACUAUGUUAAAGGUAAUUUGCUAUACUUGUUGGAAGAAGGUGAAAAAUUGAAAUUUGUAUUUAAGUCAAUUGAUGGUAUAGACUUUGUGUCUUGGAACCAAUUGAUGAGUUCACUGACGAUGAUGAAAUGGAAACAAGACUGCUACCAGAUGACAUUUGUUAUUGUUGCAAAGCUUGCCCAACAUUAGAUAGUCCUAGUCAAAUUCCUGACUCCAAUAACACGGGGAAUUUAAUCGAUCAUGGAUGUACUUCAACAAUUACUUCAAAAAAUGGAUCUCAAUUGAGCACCGUACAAAGUAUUUCAAUGAAACAAAAUCAAUUCGGCACACAAAAUCCUUCAGAUGCAUGCGAUCUACCAUUACAGAGUAAAGAAAAUACAAAUUUUACUUUUAAUACCUCUAGAAAGUCAAGAGUUGUCAGUUCUAUCUGGUUACAUUGUAAAAAAAUUACUGAAAAUAAAGUACAGUUUCUUUUGUGUCAACAUUGUCAAGAGAAAAUAAAAUAUCAUAGAAAUACUACGAAUAUGAUAAAACAUUUAUCUGCAAAACAUUCUUUGUUUUUUAAUCAAUCAGCUAACCACAAAUCAUAUAAAAAAACAAAUUUACAAGUGGCAAAGAGGCCACGCUUUGAUUCUGAUGAAGUUCAAUCAACAAAUACUCUUACUCCUUGUAUUCAAUCAGCAUUUCAAAAAGUGAUAAAUUUUCAAGCUGGCGGUUCAAAGGAUGAUGAAAUUACUAACACAGUCCUUUUCCUGUUGUGUAAAGAUCAUAUGCCUCUAUGUGCAGUAGAAAAAGUUGGCUUGAAAACUCUUUUGAAAAAAGCAUUUCCUCUAUACAAGAUACCAUCUAGACACACAAUAACAACUAGAUUAGAGCAAAAGUAUCAAGUUUUGAAACCGAAAUUACAAACUACAAUAAAUAGUCUCAAAAGCUACUGUAUCACAGCUGAUAAUUGGUCCGACAGAGCAAAUCAGACAUAUAUAGGUGUUACGCUUCAUUUCUUAGAUGAGAGCACAUCAACAUUUGAAAAGAUAUGUUUGGGUUGCAUUCCAUUGCAUAAGAGUUAAUGAGGAAAAUUUUCAAAGAGUUCAAAAUUGAUAUUGAUAAAAUUAGCGUAAUGCUUACUGAUGCUGGCGCGGCAAUAAAAAAAGCCGUAAUCAAUAUUGUUGGUAAAAAGCGUCAUUUAGCAUGCUUAGGACAUGCGAUAUCUCAUGUUUUACCAGAAUCUGUAAAAGAAUCUGUAAAAUUAAACGAAUUGAUUACCAAAAUUGGAACUAUUGUCACACUUAUCAAAAGAAGUAAUAAUGCUACUGCUAAAUUAAAGCAAAGUCAAGUAGACGAUGAUGAUAAUAAAAAUGUCAAGACUAUUGAAGAUGCUCUAAAGCUAAUAAAUGAUUGCGUUACUAGGUGGACGUCAACAAUCGAUAUGAUCGAUCGAUAUCUAAUCUUAGAACCUUACAUUUUCGUAGCUAUGAGUGCAUGUAACCAUCCUAUAGAUAUAUUAAGUAGAGACGAAGUGAAGAUUCUUGCGGAUGUUUUCAAAAUCAUGAAACCAUUCAGAGAUGUAAUCAACGAAAUAAGCGGGGAUGUAUACCCUACAUGUAGUAUUAUUAUUCCUCUUGUGCAAGUACUGGAAAAUAUUAUUUCUAAUUGCCAUUUGGAUACAGAAGUGGGAAAAUCGUUCAAAGAUACAGUUCAGAAACACAUGAAAAAACGUUUUGAAGGUCUAGAAAAAAAUUUGAUAUUGGCUUGCUCAACGGUUCUAGAUCCGAGAUUUAGAAAAAAAGAGAAUUUUACUAACCCUAUGGCACGUGUUGAUGCUAUAGUAGAAAUUGACAAUCAAUUGAAACAGAUGAAACGAGAGAGAAAUAAAAUAAAAGAGCAAGCAAGAAAGACACAAGAAAUUCAGGCCAAUUCACAUCAAAGUAUCAAUCAGAAUCUUGAAUGUAUUAGUAUUUGGGAUGCCUAUGAUAAAUUAAAUGAGCAGCAAGUAGAUGAAAUUCUUCAGGUAAAUCAAUCUGGUUGGGAAUUGGAGAUCCACGCCUAUCUUCAGUCGUCGAACAUACCAAGAAAAGAUAAUAUUUUUGAUUUUUGGAAAAAUCAAAAAAGAGAUCACCCAGAGCUUAGCAAAAUAGCAUUGCAGCGUUUAUCUAAUCUUGCAACAACUCUUCUAUCUGAACGCUUAUUUUCUCAGGCUGGACUCAUCAAUAGAUCUCAUCGUAGUAAAUUAUCUGGUAUGCAUUUAAACAUGCUCGUUUUCUUAAGUUCGUUCUCCGUAGUAGAGUGGAAUUUGUAAUUCUAUAGUUUGGUGGUUGUGUGUUUGAAAGAGGUCAUUUUCAUUGUAUAAUAGUUAAAACCUUAUUUAUUUUCAUGGGUAUAAUCAAAGGUGUAUGUACUAUAAUCUCAUUCUCAAACCUUCUUAUUUGACUAUUUAUAAUUUACAGCAUAUUCUAUCGGUUUACUGUCGUCAUCAUUUGAAUUCAUAAAAUUAUUUAAAAUCCUAUGCUUAGCACGAAAUAAAAAAUUGUUCAUAGAAUUAAUGUAUUUCUAAUUUUUAUAUCAUUUCAAUGGUAAUAUGUUAUUGCUUUGGCCAAAGUUCUAUUAAUCAUGUAUCUGUAGCUUUUACCAUAUUUCGACUAUCAUAUAUAUAACUAUUUAUCUAUUACUGUGUGGGUUUGUAUGAGACUUGAUUUACAAAAAAUGCAUGCUUAAAAUGGUGAUACAGUGUGUACUUCGACUUUUUCCAUUUUUUCAGUUAUAUAUGGGUGAAAUUUUUUCAUUUUGUUUCAAACCAUCUAUGAGUAAAUACAAUUACUAAAAAUUAAAACAGAAACUAGACUAUUUAAUUGAUCUUCUUAAUCAUAACAACGACAAAAAGACAUCGAUUUCAAAUUUCGCACAUUUUUUAUUACGUAUUUUACCAUAACGCUAUAAUCAUACCCAAUACCCAUAAUCAUUCUACAGGUGUUUAUUGUAAAACUAAAGUCACAAGUGUCAUCUAGGCCUGUAAGUGUAAUCAAUUUUAGCAAUCGACAAAUGUAAAUUUGGAAAUAUAUAAUAUAUAUCUUUUAUUUAUUUUUAUAAACUAGACAAUAUUAAUCUAAAAAGAACAUCAUCAUGAAUAAUGCAGGCCACGUUUACAAUGAAAUUGUUAAUCACAAUGGUAAAGUUAUUAGUUUUUAAAUAUCUAACCUCAAAAAAUAAUUUGAAUACAAUUCGAUACAUAUUUUUUAGAGGCUGAAAAUCCGAGAAGAUUUACAAUUUAUUUUACUGUCAAUUAUAAUUCAACUAUUCAUAUUUCCAACGUACGACUGCAGCAGUAUCUUCUACUAAAACAUAAUGACGAAUAUGCUGUUCAAUAUUGUGAAAAGUUUUUGACAAGAGAACCAAUUCAAAGUUUAUUUAAAUCAUUGGACGAUGUUGAAUAUUUGCCUGUUAAAUUGUAAAUGAUUGAAAUAAGCAAUGACCUUUUAAUAAAUACCAUCAGAACGUAAUUUGCAUUGUUCAAUUUAUCAGUAGU